AUUGAAGAUAAUGAGUAAUGACAGUGCACAGUCGUGUUCUGGUCUGUACUCUGUGCGAAUUGCGCUCGUUGAUGUAAUGGUGGAAAUGUACUCUUCAUUCUUCAAUCUCCGGUCGGCCGUCACCUUCCUUAAUCCCGUAGCUAGUUGAUAGUCAAGAGAACUGGUAAAGUGGGAAUGUUCAGUUGACACAAGGCGCACAAUAUCACUGUACGGUCGUACAUAUUUACUAAAGAAACACGGAAGUCUAGUUCAGAGUUCCUUGUUCGACGAAUUUCUUUGUUUUUCAUUUGUAACUUUUCCACCGGUGCCGUCAUGGAAUUCCCAAACUUGGGUCAGAACUGCAGUAAAGAGACUUGCAAACGUUUUGAUUUCUUGCCAGUUAAAUGUGAUGCUUGUUCAGGUAUAUUUUGUUCUGAUCACAUGAGCUACAGCAGUCAUCAAUGUCAAUCUGCAUACAAGAAAAAUGUUCAAGUCCCCAUGUGUCCUUUGUGCAACAAACCAGUACCAAUACCACGGGGUCAAGAASCAGAUUUUAUUGUUGGGAAACACAUUGACAAUGACUGUCAGUUUACUGAGGGUAGAAAGGUGUUCACAAAUAGAUGCAUGGUAUCAAAAUGUCGAGGCAAAGAAGCUGUGCCUUUGGUGUGUAGUGAAUGUCGUCAAAACCAUUGUUUUAAACAUCGUCAYCCUUUAGAUCAUAGUUGCACUGGUAGUGCAAAAUCUGUUCAAAGAAAAGUGACCGAUGUUAAAAAYCUGUUUGGAACCAAUGGAAUUAUAAAAAAAGCUUUCACUGCAACUGCUAUACAGGGAAAUAUGAGUGAAGAUGAAGCAUUAGCUAGAGCUUUAGCUGAGUCUGAACGUUUGACAAACGAAAAUACUACUAAUCCUCAAACAAGAUGUUCUGUUGCAUAAGAUUGUUUAUUAUUGUUAAACCAGACACAAAACGUAUCAUGUUUUAUUAAUAUUUUUUGAAGAUAACUAUACAUUCCAUACAUUUAUUUUAUGUAUUAUGAUGAGAUAUUUUAUUUAUAUGUUAAUAUUGUGAUUGUGUAUUUUAAGCAAUACCAUUUGAAAUCAAUUUACUCAAAAAAAUUAAAUGACCUGAACUCUGAAGAAAAAAAGUAUCCGUCCUUGUUGGUGUUAAUAUUUAAGUUUUAAAAUUUCUUCAAUUCAAAUUUACCAUAUAUUAAUGUGAAUAAGCUUGUUUCCUUAUUAUAAUAUAUUAAUUUAAUAAUUGAAAAAAAUUUGAUUCUACAUGACGCUUUAUUUAACGGUGUUUAUAUAGAUUUGUUUCACAAAUAAUAAACUUGUUUUUAAAUUGCA